AUGAAUAAGAGGAGAGAUAUGGAUUUAUCAAAUAAUGCAAUAGUUAAAUAUUAUAAAUAUUUUGAGACAUGUGGAACUAGUUCAGGAGGAAGUGUAGAACAACUGCUACAAUUAUUCGAUGGCAAUGCAACGAUUGAAUUUCCAUACCACUAUGAACAAAAGAAAAGAAAGAUCUCUGGUAUUGUGGCGAUAAGAGAUUUCUUUACCAAUUGGACCAACCUCUUUCACUUUAACAGUGUCAUCAUCACGAUGUUGUCGACUGACAAGAACUCUAGUUUCGCAAAGAUUGAAGCCAAUGGCGUGGUACUCACCUCUCACAAACCAUACCACCAACUCUUCUUUACACACGUACACACCAAUGACAAUGAUAAGAUUGUUCACAUGAUUGAAUUAUUCAAUCCAAAUGUACUUGAAGAAGGUUUAUCUUCAUUAAAUCCAAUGCCAAUUAGAUCUAAUGCAUGCAUGCAUCCCUCUACUUCUUCCAACAACAACAACCACAACAACAACCACAACAACAAUAAUUUAACCUCUACUUCUUCCACUUCUUCCACUUCAUCAUCGUCCAAACCAACUUCCUCCUCCUCCACCACCAUUGUCGAUGACAUGAAGAAGCUAAAGACCGAUGAUUCAUCAUCAUCAUCAUCAAAUAAGAUGAAAUCUUCUAGUACUAGCAUUAAUAUCCUAUCAUCGAUAUCAAGUGCCACACCACAAACCCUCACCUCAAAUCAAAUCAAUUCAAAUCACACACCCUCUCACCUCACACACCAACAAUCAAUCAAUCCUAUCAUUAAACAGCUGUUAUUUAUAACAAUAAUGAAUUCAAAAGCAAUACAUUAUCUCUGUCAAAAGAGAGCAGCAGUCAAAUGGAUAGAGAAUGUAUUGGAGAUUAGUUUGGAUCAAAAUGAAGACUUUGUAAAAUUAUUGGUCGAUGGUAUAUUGUUGUGUCGUGUCAUCCAAGCCAUCAGUCCAAGACUGAUGCCACGUAUCUCUAUACCCGACCCCAAUGCCCCUAAACGUACCAUCAUGUUUAAAAACAGUGAGAAUAUCUCCUUUUUUAUUCAAGCUUCCAUCGACAUGGGUAUCCCAAGACACAAAAAGUUUACUCUAGCCGAUCUUCAACAAGAACGUCCUACCUAUACCAAUAUUCGUAGAGUUAUUGAAUGUUUGGAAGCUGUUUGCAAGAUUGCAAAUCAAGAUUCACAAUAUGAUUUCAGUAUUGAAUGGCCUGUAUUGGAGGCAAGUGAACAAAAGUUUAGCGAAAAAGAAGUUCAUGAAGCCGAGUCGUUACUCGCUCAAUUCACAAUCAGAGAAAACAAACGUCAAGAAGUCAUCAAGAAGAGUCAGACACAGAAUGGUGAUUUCUCGGUUGCCGCAACAAAGAAUCAAUUAUUCCAACAUAUAGCCGAUCAAAAGAAAUUGUAUCCUGAUAAUUCUCCAAAGGUAACUACUAACAAUAUUAAUAAUAAUAAUCAAAAUAAUAAUAAUAAUAAUGACAAUGGCGAUUGUGAUAGUAUUGUUGAUAACAUGAUGGAUAAUAAUAAUAGUAACAAUAAUAAUAAUAAUAAUAAUGGUGGUAGUGAGGGUACAAUGAAAAGAAGUGAGACAUUUCAAACGUUUAGACCUCAUUCCAGGUCAUUCAUAUCUCAAUCUUCAUUUGUUCCAUCAAUUUUUAAAGGAGGUAGAGAACAUUCAAAUAGUGUUUUCAUCCCAAGAAAUAAUAAUAAUAAUAACAGUGAACAACAACAACAACAACAACAACAACCACAACAACAAACGUCAACAACAUCAACUGAUAAUAAUAGUAAUAGUAAUAGUAAAAGUGGAGGACAUGAUUUCAAAAGUAUUUUAAACAAGUGGAAAAAUACUCUACUUAAAAGUAAUAGUGAUACUCAUAAUAAUAACAACAGUAAUAAUACCAACACUAUAAAUACUACCACUACUACUACCACUACUACAACAAACAACCAAAAUAAUUAUAAAAGGGGAUCAAGUAGAUAUUCAACUUUACCACCAAAUUGGAAUAAACAAAUCCCAACGCAACAAAAAUUACAAUUACAACAAUUACAACAACAACAACAAGAGGUUAAUAAUAAUAAUAAUAUAUUACCUUUACCAACAGCAGCAGAUCAACCAAUUCAUAGAUCUGCAUCACAUUUGACAACAACAACAACUGUCCCUACACCCAAGGAACAGAAAGCAACCAUUUCCUACAUUGAACCAUAUUAUACUAAUAGAAAGUCAUCCAAUGCAACCGAGUUAAAAGUCGCGCUUGCAAAUACGAUCCAAUCACCACCCAUCAACUCACAAACCGUCGAGCAAGUCAUCAUCAACCAAUACGGCGACGAUGUUCAUUCAUCAUUGUCUCUUGAUCCAAGUAACAACAACAACAACAACAACCAAUUUAAAACUACUACUACUACUACCAUCCGAGAUAGUCCAAUUAAGAUUGGAGAGGUCAGAGGAAGAAGUAGUACUACUUCUACCGCCACCACUGAAACUACCGAUACCAACAACAAUAACAACAACAACAAUAACAACAAUACUACUACUACAACACCAAUUCCAAUCGAUAUCGUCACGCCACUUUUAACAACAACAACAACAACAAAUAAUAAUAGUAAUAAUGAUAAACCAAUUAUUAUAGAAUCCAUUACAACCACCAAUACUAUUACAUUUUCUGCCAGUGUAAAUAAUAAUAAUGAUAAUGAUAGUUUCAACCAAAACAAUAAUAUUGAUAAUAAUAAUGUAGAUCUACCAAUAAUGAGUACUAGUAUUUCUAAUAUGAUACCUCUUUCCCCUCCUAAUACUACUACUACUACUCCUACCCCUACUACUCAACCUCAGAGUCAGAGAUCAUCACUAGGUUUCAAAGCAAGUCCAAUUGGAGCCCCUUCAUCUCCAACCAUCUCCUCACAUGUACCAUCACCCGCCGCCGUUGCUGAAAAACUAAAGAGUAGCGGUCUCACCACUUCAUCAUCAUCGGCACCCACCACAACUGCUCCUCCCGUCACCUCAGUCACAUCGACUGCUUCAACCGUUCCUAAAACAGUAAAUGUAGUUACCCAAACCCCUGUCACUGUUACCUCCACUGCCACCCCUACAGCUGUUGCUCCUACCUCCACUACAGCCACUACAGCUUCAUCAACCACCUCUACUGCAACUGUUACGACAGUUCCCAAAUCUUCCACCCCGGGCACUUCAACUCCUGAUCCCAAACAAGAUCGUCUUUCAACUGAAUUAAAGGCAGUUAUAAAGAUUCAAAGAGCCACUAGAAGAUGGUUAGAGAGAAACCGUCAAAGAGUUAGAGAACGUGACAAUGCCUACAGAGAAAGAAUUACUCAGGAGAUUACAAAGACUGAAGUUGAAUAUUUGAAUCGUUUAAUUUAUUUAAGAGAUCAACCAUUAAAAGAUUUAAGAGAAGCAAUUGCAAAGGGAUCACCAAUUAUUUCAGAAGAAGAGAUUAGAGCUAUUUUCAGUGAGUUGGAAUCAAUCAUUGCAUACAAUACUCAAUUGUUGAACGAGUUGCAAGUUCGUUGCAAGCACUGGAAACAAGACACACUGAUUGGUGAUAUUUUUGUAAAGUUUAGUCGAUUCUUGAUGAUCUAUUCACAGUAUUGUAUCAACUAUGGUGAUUGUCUCGAAGUACUCAAUGUAUGCAAGAAACAACCAAAAUUCAAAGCAUUCUUGAACAAAUUAAAAGAACACAACGAAGAAAUUAGACUUCGUGGCCUUGAAGAUUAUUUGAUUCGUCCAAUUCAAAGAAUUCCAAGAUAUAGUUUAUUAAUUAAAGAUAUGAUUAAUCAUACAUGGGCAUCACAUCCAGAUUAUCAAUCAUUGGAGAAUGCAUACAAUUCAAUGAACACUGUCGCCGAAAAGAUGAAUGAAGCCAAGAGAAAUGCAGAGAAUCGUAUGAAGUUGGCAGACAUUCAAGAAAAGUUGGAGGGCAACUCGAAUGAUAUAUCGGCUGUCGUCAAGGCACACAGAAGAUUCGUCAAGGAGGGAGAGUUUACAGAGGGAAUGGUCAAGAAAAAAUGUGCCCUCGUCUUGUAUUUAUUUAACGAUAUUCUGGCUGUCACACGUCCAUCUAAAUCAUCUGGUUCAUUCUUUGGUAAACAAAAAACAAUUCGUUUACAAUUUGAAUCAAGUUAUCCAUUACAUAAAUUAAGAUUAAAACCUUUAGAUGAUACUCCAACAUGUACAAAUUCAUUUAUGAUAUCAACAUCAAGUGAAGAUAGAUUAGUUAUUUGUGCAAGUGAUAAGGAAACCAAAGAAGAUUGGAUUGCAGCGAUCAUUGCUGAAAAGGCAGAUGCAGACAAACAUGAAAAGGAGCAAGAGGAGAGAAUCACAUCAUCGGUCAGUGAAAAGGUUGCCGACACCAAGUUAAAGUUGGAGCAACAGUUUGCCUUUAGAACAUCGGGGCAAUACGCACCAGUCGACCCUGACAACCCCGGUGCUGCAGGAUCAUCAUCGUUGGAAGACCUCAAUGUAAAAACCGGUAAAAUGAGUCUUCGUGAAAAGCGUAUGAAAUUGGUUCAAGAAUCUCGUAGCAAUAGAUUAUCUGCAAAUGUAUCAUUAACAGACUCUGGAAAAGAAAAACAAUAA